AUGGAGUUCAUCAAACCUGUGCCCACGCAUUCAGUGGAGAAGAUGGGCGAGAAGCGCGUGUACGAGGUGCAAGAGGGCGAGGCCUCUGCGGUGAUUGAGAACGUCGACUCUCUCAAGCGCCGAUUGACAAACCGACAAAUGCAGCUCAUCGCGAUCGGAGGCUCGAUCGGGACGGCCCUCUUCGUCAGCAUCGGCUAUGGUCUCAUUGAAGGCGGCCCCGGCAACCUGUUCAUCACAUUCACUCUGUAUUCGUGCAUGCUCGGACUCGUCAACAGCUGCAUGGCUGAGAUGGCGGUCUUCAUGCCUGUCAGCGGGUCCUUCAUUCGCAUGGGGUCCAAGUGGGUGGACGAGGCGUUCGGGUUCAUGGUGGGCUGGAACUUCUUCCUCUACGAGGCCGUCUUGAUCCCCUGGGAGAUCGAAGCCCUCAACCUCGUGCUGACCUUUUGGUCCGACAAUAUCCCCAAGGUCGCCAUUUGCCUUGCUUGCGUUGUUCUCUACGGAUUGAUCAACCUCUUUGCUGUCAAGUGGUACGGCGAGUCCGAGUUCUGGCUGUCGGGCGGUAAAGUCGUUUUGGUGGGAAUCGUCUUUGCCUUUACCUUUGUGACCAUGGUGGGAGGCAACCCACAGCACGACGCAUACGGAUUUAGAUACUGGAACAAUCCCGGGGCUUUUGCAGAAUAUGUCACCACCGGCGCUCUCGGCCGCUUCGAGGGCUUCCUGGGCGCUCUGUUCAUGGCCGCUUUCACUGUCGUGGGACCCGAGUACGUGGCCAUGGUCAGCGGCGAGGCCAUGUACCCGAGAAAACACCUGAAACAGGCCUUUAAGACCGUCUACUGGCGCUUCGGCAUCUUUUUCAUCCUUGGCGCCCUGUGCGUCGGCAUCGUGGUGCCCUACAACGACCCGACGCUGAACGCCGUUCUCAACGGAGGCUCUGCGGGAACGGCGGGCGCGUCCGCCUACGUGAUUGCCAUGCAGAAUAUGGGCAUCACAGUACUCCCGGACCUGACCAACGCGCUUCUCGUGACGAGUAUCUUCUCGGCUGGAAACACCUACGUGUACUGUGCUUCCAGGACGCUCUACGGUCUGUCUCUGGACGGCCAUGCUCCAAGAUUCCUACAGAGAUGCACCAAGGCUGGAGUGCCCGUGUACUGCUUCUGCAUUACCAUGAUAUUCCCGCUCCUGUCUUUGCUCACACUGGGGACGAGCAGCACGCAAGUCAUCACUUGGUUGACAAACCUCACGGAAGCGUCCCAAAUCAUCGACUUUAUUGUAAUGUGCAUCAUCUACCUCUUCUUCUACCGCGCUCUGAAGGCCCAGGGCUACGACCGCAAAAACCUGCCCUACAGGGGCUGGGGCCAACCGUACGUGGCAUGGGUGGCGAUGAUCUUCAUGAUCUGCAUCGUCGGUACGUACGGCUACACCACAUUCCUGCCCGGGUGGUGGGACGUCGGGACCUUCUUCUCCUACUACACCAUGUGCUUCGUCUGCCCGCUGCUGUACGUGGGUUUCAAGAUUGUGAAGAGGACGAAGAUCGUCAGGCCCGAGGAAGCGGACCUGGUCUGGGAGCGUCCCGUGAUCGACGCGUACGAGGCCACCUUUGUGGAUGUCCCGCUUGGGUUCUGGCAGGAGCUGAGGCAGCAUCUGCCGAAGUUGGGCAAGAAAGAGGCAUAG